AUGAAAUCAUUGGGUCGACUGGCUCGACGGCUGCCCCUGGUUUCGCGAACUACACGCGACCGUCACCGUGGGUUCAGUGACGGAGCAGGCACCGGCACUGCCUGGGACGCUGCGUUGCUGCGGCAGGCGCUGCGACAGGUCGCUGCCGGCGGAGAACUGGAGGCAGACCAAUUACUUUGCCUGCGUGGUAAUGUUCCAACAGAAAAGGCCAAGGCACCAGCCGCACCGGUUGAAGCAGCAGCGCCUUCAGCGGCCCCACCAGCCGCACCGGUUGAAGCAGCAGCGCCUUCACCAGAAGCAGCGGCCCCACUAGCCGCACCGGUUGAAGCGGCAGCGCCUUCACCAGAAGCAGCGGCCCCACCAGCCGCACCAGUUGAAGCAGCAGCACCAGAGGAAUUGGAGGAACCGGAAGAACUCCCGAAGCUGAAAUGUAGCUUCUCGGAUAUGCUGCAGCUGGUAGAUCUUUGCAAGUCCGCAGGUCUGCAGGAUUUCGUGGGAUUGGGAGAGCUGGCAGACAGAUUGGUGGACGACGAGGCCACAAAGGCGGCCUCUGCAUCGGAACUGCUGAGAUUGGCUAGCACCUUUUCCAUCCUGGGAGUCUUACAUCCUCCGCUCUUCACCGCGCUGACCACGUCCUUCCUGCGGCUGUGGCCGGCACCCGCGGACGGGGGUGCCGCCGUGUCGCCAGGUGCCGCGGAGCUCACGCGGCUGGCGCGGGCGUUAGCGGCGCAACGCUUCCGCCACGAAGAACUCUUCGGCCGCUUCGCAGUUUUUCUCAGACGUUUGGUGAACGAAGCGCCGGGCAAACUCGCAUCGGUGCUCUCCGGUGGUGAGGCCCUGAGCUUGUUACAUUCACACGCCUUUCUGCGACUGGGACCACCACAUGGUGAGUUGGAUGAGCUGUGGCAAGCGCUGGAAGAUCAUGUGACCUCUGAGGACCUAUCUCCAGAGGCCGCCAUGAAGCUUUGUCAUGUCCUCUUCCUGGCCCGUCUUGUUGACGAGAACAGCCUCAGUAAGGUUGUGGGACUGCUGACCGAAGGAACGCGAAAGCUACAGCAGGAGCAGCGGCCGUUGAGUGUCGGACUGCACCGCCGUGUCUUGCUGCUGCGCAGUGCCAUGAGAUAUUUGCACCACCCGGUAUACAAAGAGCUACCGGAUGAUGUGCUAAAACUCUUCAGGAAAGCUCAUCGGAUGGACGCCCCUUUGAGUCUCAAAGCAUCACGGCUCUUCGUUCGAAAGCUGAGUCAUACGUUGACCAAACUGAAGAUCGGCCACCUGAUCGAUGCGGACCGCGGCCCCUUUACCUUCGACAUCGUGGAACGUGAUCGGAAGGUGGUCUACGAGUGUAAUCACUUCGAUCGUUUCUAUGCCUAUUCCACGGAGAAGAUUGCGUCCAUGUGCCUACAGGAGCGCAUUGUGAAAGCCAUGGGUUACAGAGUGGUUCAGGUUCCACAUUGGCACUGGAACAAGAUCCGCCACAAGAAGCAACGGACGGAGUACAUCCGGAUGUCCAGAUACUAUGCCUUGAAAGAUCGGCGUGAAAUGGUACCGAGAGACGAAGAGGUACAGGAUGUGGCGGUGAAUGAGUUGGACUUCAUGGGCGAAUACUUCUUUAGGAAGGACAUGCCUCAGACGCAUUUCGCUUGGUUCCAGCCCCGCUAUGACGCGAAAUUGAGGAUUCCACAAUCCUCAAAGGAAAAGGCGGCAGAAGGAACGCUUUGA